AUGUUGCCAUGGAAAGACCACGUUCAACAAAAAGGUGAAGGCAUUCGUGAUGAAAAAGUAAAAGUAUUACGUUCUGUAGUACCAAUAAAAACUGAAGAUGUUAUCAUUGGACAAUAUUUUGGCGUACCAAAAGAUUCAACAACACCAAUAUAUGCGCAAGUUAUUCUCUCGAUUCAUAAUGAACGUUGGGCUGGUAUACCAUUUAUUCUUGGUGCAGCGGAUGUUUUACCAGAAUUAAUUAUUAAAUUAAUAGCACCAUUUUUUAUGCACAAAAUUUCAUAUAAUAUUCGUUUUGUUUUCAUUGUAUUAUUUGCUGCUAGUGCUUUGAUCAUUGUUGGUACUUCAAAAGUAAUUGCUUUAAGUUUAUUCGGUGUUGUUUGUGCAAGUAUCAGUGCAGGUGUUGGUGAAGUUACAAUGUUACAAUUAACAUCUUUUUAUGCAAAACAUACAGUCAGUGCAUGGUCAAGUGGUACAGGGGCUGCUGGCUUAUUUGGUGCUCUUUCCUAUACAGGACUAACUAGUCUACUUAAACUAAGUCCCAGAACUGCUAUACUUAUUUUACUUUUUAUACCUGUUCUCCUAGUUGUCAGUUACAUAAUGGUCGGAGCUAGUCAAGCUGUUGCAAGACAUCGUCAAUAUCAACAAAUGAGUGAACAAACUACUACUGAUGUUGAUACAGACAGUAAUGCUGAUGAAAAGAUAAUACAUGUAAAUGCAACAUUGAAAGAUUUUAGAAGUCGAAUUAAGCUAGUUAAACCAUUACUCAAGUAUAUGAUUCCAUUGACAAUUGUUUAUUUUGCUGAAUAUUUAAUCAAUCAAGGAUUGCUUACUAAUAUGGGUAUAUUUUUUGCUUGUGUCUAUCGCACGGCUUAUAUACCGAGUAUAUGGUUAGUUUUCGGUUUAGUCAUAUUUGAAGGUUUAAUUGGUGGUGGAGCUUAUGUCAAUACAUUUUACAAGAUAUCAAUUGAAAUUCCUAAACCUGAUCGUGAAUUUUCAAUGGGUGUCGCAUCUAUUGGUGAUUCAUUUGGAAUUACAUUUGCAGGUCUAUCAGCAAUUCCACUUCAUAAUGCCAUAUGUCGAUAA